AUGAUGUCUGUGCAGCAGUACUGUCUCCGGUGGAACAACCAUCAGCCGAACUUCAUCUCGGUCUUCUCGACGCUGCUGCACAAUGAGAGCCUGGUCGACGUCACGCUGGCCGCCGAAGGGCGCCAACUGCAGGCGCACAAGGUCGUCCUUUCGGCCUGCAGCUCCUACUUUCAGUCACUGUUCACCGCCAAUCCCUGCCAGCACCCCAUCGUGAUACUGAAGGACGUCCAGUACAUCGACCUGAAGACGAUGGUGGACUUUAUGUACUACGGUGAGGUGAACGUGUCGACGGAGCAGCUGCCGCAGGUGCUCAAAACGGCCGAAAUGCUGAAGAUCAAGGGCCUGGCGGAGAUGCCGGACGCGUCGGCCGUCUGCAAGGCGGACCUGAGCAAGCUGGACCCGUCCGAUCUGAUACAGGGAACGAACGUGGUGUCCGGCGCGACCGGCGAAGCGAUAUGGGCCAGUGCGGAAUCUCAGCAACAGCAGCAGCAACAGCAGCAGCAGCAACAGCAGCAGCAGCAGCAGCAGCAACAACAGCAGCAGCAACAGCAGCAGCAACAGGCACAACAUCAUCAGCAACAACAACAAGCGCAGCAGCAGCAACAACAGCAGCAGCAGCAACAGUACCAUCAUCAACAGCAGCAGCUACACCAGCAGCAGCCUCAGCUGCGAAGGUCACCCUCCCCAACGACAAACAUGUCACCCGCGGCACGACGGAAGCGGUUACGGAAGACCUCGACCGGUUCGGGUUCUCUGUCCACGGAGCGGUUGCAGCAGCAACAGCAAGCGGCAGCCGUCGCCCAGCAGCAGGCUGCAGCGGCUGCUGCGGCCGCGGCAGCCGCCGCUGCCGCUCAGCAGCAACAGCAGCAACAACAGCAGCAGCAGCAGCAGUCCGACGAGCACGGGUCCAGCACGGACGGUACGCUCAAUCUCGUGCCACACCUGCACAUUCAGCAACAGGUCGACAACAUAUCGUACACCACGGGUCACGGGGCGCUAGCGCUGGGUGCGGCCACUGCGGCUGCGGCCGCUGCAGCCGCUGCAGCCGCCGCCGGCAACAACAUUCGCAUCAUCAAGGAGAGCCCCAGCUCGGACGUGGACCAGCAGCAGCACGAGUCGUCGCAGGAAAGUGUCGACGAGACGGGCCACCAUAUUCCCAGCAUCAUCAAAACGGAAGACCUCAGUGGGGUCACGCAGGCCAUACCGAUGGACAUCUCGACGACACCGACGACCGUGAACAUAACGCAGUCCCAGACGCAACACACCGGUGGGCAAUGGACGGUAAUCGAUACGAAUUAUCCGCGGUUUGGCAUUGCGUCCUGUCAGACGAAUUUAGGACUGCAGCAACAGCAACACCAGCAGCAGCAGCAGCAACAUCAGCAGGUACAACAAACCGUGCAGCAGCAGCAACAACAGCACCAUCAGCAACAACAGGCCAGUCAGCAGCAACACCAUCAGAGCGAUAGUUUAGGCGGUGCUGGAAAUGCAAACAACGGCACGGUGAACGGUGGCGCCGGAGGGGCCGGCGGUGCGCCCAAUGCCACCGGCAAUGCGAUCUCCAACGCGUCGGCCAGCAACUCGAACGCGACCACACCGCAGCCGACGACGCCGGUGCAGAUCUAUCAACAUCCGUUCUCGCCGCAGAUCAUUUCGGUCAACCCGAACAGCAUGGUCAACAGCUACCAGCAGUCGUCGAACAUUUCGACCCCCACGUCACCGCAGGCCGGCACCGAGACGGCCCUGGUGUACAGCACCGGCACCCCGAAUCAGUCGCCGCUCGGGACGACCAGUGCGGGGCAGGCCGGCCAGGCCGGCAACGCAGGCAACGGGACCGCCGGAACGGCUGGUAACGGUACCGGCGGUAACGGGGCCGGCGGGGCCGGUGCAACCGGAGCGGGAGCCGGCGCAACCGGCACCGUGGUGCAGCCGGUCAAGCGGAAACGAUCCGUCAACCCGCAAGGGGACGAAAACUUCCUGCGAGCGCUCGAGGCGGUCCGAUUCGGGGGCAUCGGGUUCUGUAAAGCGGCUCGCCUGUACGGGGUCAACAAUCGAACCCUGUGGCUGGAGUACAAGAAGCGAGGCUACCCGAUCAGCCGGCCCAGCAUCAAGAAUCGCAUCAAGCUGGAACCGAACAUAUCGCCUCCACCGACGGCGACCACGCCGCCCGGUGAUGAGAACGCCUCGAUGGAACACUACGAUACGGCCCUUUCGUCGCCGGCACUGAACAUGUCCCUGCAGCAGCAGCAACAGGCGGCCCAGCAGGUCCAGCAACAGCAACACCAAGCCACCCAGCAGCAGGUGACGGCCGCGCAGCAGCAGCACCAGCAAACCCAGCAGCAGCAGCAGCAGCAGCAACCGCAGGCGAAUGACAACACCAACGUGGCGGCGGCCGCAGCGGCAGCUGCAGCCGUGGCGGCGUCCUCCACGCCCCUGAUGUGUCCGCCGCACGGCCAUCCGAUGGGCGUGAUGGGCUUUCUCGAUACCCGCCACGUAGACUUUACGACCGCGGCCGGCAUCCACCAGAUGUCCCGCCAGCGGUACCCGGACACGGCGACCGUCAACAUGAACACGGGCGCCGUCAACUUGCAGGGCCUAAACUUUAACUCCAUGUAAGGGGACGGGUGGCUUCGCGUGGUCGCCAUCAACAGUGGCGGUGGUGGUGGUGGUUCGGGUCCGGCGGGCGUCGUCGUUCCAAUCGAGGAGGAACCACCGUCGGAGGUGCCGGAAUCUUAAAGCCGACCACUGAACGGCACGCCGAAGUCACGUCGAAACAUGUAGAAUGUACAUAAUUGGAAUGUGUAUAAUUCGUGUUACUUUCUCUCCUGUGGUCCUUCCGGGUUCCGGCCGCCACCUUCGGGUGGUGCAGUUAUUAAUUUAUAAUCUGCUUCUCCAUCCUGGGGUGUGGUCCUCUCUGUGCAUGUGGUUCAAAGGUAGACAUGCGGCGAAGAACCCGGAGACUUUCUCAUGUUGCUGUGGCUCACAACGCUCAAGCGGAUGUAGUUUGGUGGACACUGGGAAAGGAGUGAAGAAAUAUUCAAACAUUUGUAUAAACUCUACCGCAGCAGAGGAUGCAUCAAUUGGCUCAGCGAGUGUGUCUCUGUGCGUACGAUUUGUUACUAAUAGAGGUACUAAUAAACGGUAGAUUAGUAGCGAAAAGCGUAAAUCAUAGUACAUAAAGAAGAAAGCGUGAGAAAGAGAGAAGCGAGCGAAUUUCCUGUCUAAAGAUGAGGUUUGUUUGAUGAAGGUGUCGAAGCAAAGUAAAUAGUAUUUUUGUUAACUCUUGUUUAGCAAUUUGUACGUGUAUAUUAGAGCGGAAGUGGGUGAAGAAGGGUGGCAAGACAACACCAUGUGCGCGUCUCUGCUACGGAUGAUGUCAGUCAAUAAGUUCUAGCAAUAGGGAAGCGACACCGUGCUCUCUGCGUCGUGUUUUUUUUGGAGCCAGCCCCUCCAAAUGUUCCCAGAAGCAACACACACAGUAAAACAAAUAAAGUAAACACUCCAGUUCUCGAGGUCAUCUCGAGAUCAAUAUGCCAAUCAAUAUUUGUGGGCUGGGAAGGAAAUCGAUAAUCAAUGAUCAAUCGGCCGCUCUUGCGUUGAGAAGACGAUGUCGAGAUCAGCGUACUCGCGUACACCCCAGGUAAUCAAAUGGCACAAAAAAUGUUUCUCACGUUUUUAAGUUAUCGAACCUGGGGGAUUAAUAUCAAAGAACAAAGAAAAACGACUCAAAGAUACCCGUACCCGGGGCAAAUCAAGUCAAAGAUAUCGUGAAAGAGGAACUUAAAUGCCAGUGAGAGAAUACUUCAAAGAGAACAAAAGAAAGAAAGAAAGAAAGAAAGAAAGAACCAGAGAACAAACUGGAUAAAGCAAAUAACAACACACACUGUGUAUAGUAAAAAUCGCUAAAAUAAUAAACGUUAUCUUAAGAAACUUAAAGUUAAAAAAUGAAACAAAAAAAAAACAGUAACACACUGGUAGCUGAAUGUGGGCUAACCUUUUCGGUUUCCACUCGUGUGGUG